GACUGGACUAAUUACGUCAUCACUGUGCGCCUUCAAUGAGAAGGACCUCUAGCGAGAAAAUAAUGCACGUGAGUUUGUUGGUUAGAGGCUUGAGAAAAUAUAGUUUGCUGCCUUUCACCUGGGACCAAGUUGACAGAAGUGUAAUUAAUAAAAUACAACCCAACAUUAGUUCGCUUUAUCACGUUAAUAGUAAUCCGAACAGCUACGUUUCUUCACGGUGUCAACAGAGCAGCUCGACGAUGGAGCAGGGAACGGUCACUACUGUAAAACCGCAGGAGGUAAACAGCCCGGUGUCAGUCGAGGAAACCAUAACCAAAGAGGCCACAGAAACUGGCAAACGCAAAAGCGACGAACCGGACCCAUCCCAGACAAGUGGCCGAGGGAAGAGGCGGAGAGGAGCUGGGGGGAAGAACCUUCGUCCGGGUGAGAGAUACAUCCCCCCUCCGCAGAGGCGGAAUCCAGGAGUCAGCUUCAGCCAGGAGCAUUUCGACGAGACCUCGUACUACUUUGAAGGUGGCCUGCGUAAAGUGUGUCCAUACUACUACGAUUUCAAAACUUACUGCAAAGGUCGAUGGAUUGGGAAGACUCUUUUAGAGGUGUUCAAGAGUGAGUUUAGAGCGGAGUCGGUAGAGUAUUACCAACGGGCUGCCAAAGAGGGACGCAUCCGGUUGAACGACUCACCUGUGGAGGACCUGUCUGUGGUGCUCAGGAAUAAUGACCACAUGAAGAAUACGGUGCACCGUCAUGAGCCCCCUGUAGUUGGCAGACCCUUGGAGGUCCUGGUGGAUGAUGGCGAAGUGCUUGUGGUAGACAAGCCUCCCUCCAUUCCCGUUCACCCAUGCGGUCGCUUUCGCCACAAUACAGUGAUAUUCAUCCUAGGAAAAGAGCGCGGCGUCUCUGAGCUCCACACUGUCCACAGACUGGACAGGCUCACCUCAGGAGUGCUGCUGUUUGCCAGGACACUGGAGACUUCAAAGAAACUGGACCAGCUGGUGAGAGACAGGCAGCUUGAAAAGGAGUAUGUGUGCCGAGUAGAGGGAGAGUUUCCAGAGGGUGAGCUGAUCUGCGAGGAGCCCAUCUUGGUUGUUUCCUUUAAAAUUGGCCUUUGCAGAGUUGAUCCGAAGGGAAAGGAGUGCAGAACCGUCUUUCAGAGACUUAGCUUUAACGGAAAAACCAGCGUGGUCCGCUGUUUACCCCUCACUGGCCGUACACACCAGAUCAGGGUCCACCUUCAGUACCUAGGCUUCCCCAUUCUCAACGAUCCCAUCUAUGGGUCCUCAGCCUGGGGUCCUCACAGGGGGAAGGGGGGACUGGUGGGGAAGAGCGACGAGGAGCUGCUGCAGGCUUUGGUUGAGGAACAUCAUUCUCAGCAAAGUCUUCACCUGUUGGAUAUUGCAGACGACAGGAUUGGUACUGAACAAGUGGCAGACAAAAGCAAGACAUCUGAGACAGUCGAUAAGUUAGAUGAUACCUCUGAACCCAAAACAAGUGGAGAAAAUCAUCAGAGACAGACUGAUACACAGGUGACAACAGGAUGCGGCUCAAGCAGUGAAACGGUGAAUGAAGUGAAUCCGGGCUGCACAGACGUAAACACCAACAAAAGCCCACUCAAAACCGCAACCAAAUCAAAUGGAAGUCAAACAGAAGUAACUGACUCGACUCACAAAACACCCGCAGAGACUGCAGACCAUCUGUGCAGUGACUGUAAGCUUGUGCGACCAGAUCCUACGGAGAAGGAGCUCAUCAUGUAUCUCCAUGCAUUACGCUACAAAGGACCUGAUUUUGAAUAUUCCACACGUUUACCUGAUUGGGCCAAAGAGGAUUGGGUGGAAGAUGAUUAGAGCUGAAUCCUGCUGAUGAGCUGUAGACUGCUGCCUUCAUGCAUGUUUUGCAGACAUGUUUGCUCUGAGGCACUUUUGAUUAUGCUGUAACGCAUUUCUGUUGUUGAGUUUUCAUUAACUUCUCUGAAGGUGAUAAAAAUGCCUCAGAUGUUGUUUGUUUAUACUAGAAUAAUGUAUGUUUCCCUUUGGCUCCAAGCUGUUUAUGCCUUAAACACAAAUAGAAAAUGGAAUUGAUUUCAUUCUGAUUUUAUUUUGUGGGCUGUUUUAAUGUCAGGAAUUCAGUUUUAAUUUAAUAUCAUCACUGUAAAUCUGUGUCCUAUCUGGUACUUCAGCCAAGAUCUGAAAUAAAUUAAAAGCGAUAAGACUGAAGGAAAA